AUGGACGAUAGCGAUGCAACGAGCGGCGAAGACGUACCUAUGGCGGCUUGCUCGGAGUGCACGAAAACCGUCGUUUCACGGCAGUGCAGACGUCUUCCGCGUUCAAUCGGCCGUACCGGGAAGUUGUUCUGGGAGGUUUUGCAGUUUAUUCGAUACUCAAUAUUACCCGAUGAGAAAAUCGAUAAUUGUCUGGCCGAUUGCCUUGCUAUCACAUUGAAAGAUUCCGCACGCAAAGGUCGUUUGUUCAAAGCCUUAAGUAUCUUUUCUCUUAUCCAAAGUCAUGCCUUGGCUUCCUCUGCUUAUCCCGUUUUCGUUGUAGACUCGUUAUCCUCUCUGUUAUUGUCUUGUGCGAAUCUCGAGUCGCUUCCACUAGGCAAACAGCUUCAUGCCCAAGUUAUUACAUGGGGUCUUCACAAAAGCCAUGCAUUGGUUCCAAAGCUAGUGUCUUUUUACGCAACGUUUGGUUUUAUCAACGAAGCUCAUUUUAUAGCUGCAGAUUCGAACAUUCUACACCCUUUGCCUUGGAAUGUUCUUAUUUCGUCGUACGUGAGUGAAGGGCGUUACGAUGAAGCUAUCUUUGCCUACAAAGAAAUGGGUCAUAAACGGGUCGUACCCGAUCGUUUCACUUACCCGUCUGUUCUCAAGGCUUGUGCAGAACAAUCAAAUCUUGAAUUCGGUAGAGAAGUUCAUGAGUUGAUCAAUGCUACUAGCUCUUUGAAACGAGACUUGUUUGUGCAGAAUGCGUUGGUUUCUAUGUAUGGGAAAUGUGGGGAUCUUGAAACUGCACGAAGCAUCUUCGAAGAAAUACCGGAUAAGGACGAAUUUUCUUGGAACUCGAUUAUUUCUCUAUAUGCCUCGAGGGGAGGUUGUUUGAGAAUAGGCAACUUCGCAUGGGCUCUUAAAUUGAUGCGUCAGAUGAGGACAGGUGGCGUUCGGUGCAGGUAA